AUGGGGAAAGCCCUGUGGAACUGGCUGCUGUGGCUGCUUCUCAGAGGUGAAGUGGUCAUUGCCACCAACACCACCACCGAAUCCACCACCGCCACCACGACCACCUUCACCACGGUGACGGACACAUCCAGCACCACCAGCGUUACCACCUUGACCAGUACAAUCAGUCAAACGACAUCGAUGACCAGCAGCACUGUCACCACUGUCACUCGCACCAAGACCAUCACCAGCACAGUGAGUAGCAGCACCACAACGCUCACCUCUUCCACCUCCCAGACGCAGACCUUCUUGAGACCCAUGGACGCCGGACUGCGUUCGGGCGCCGUGCCACUGUGCACCCCGGAGAUCCUUUGGGCGGUGCAAAAUGAUCUCUUCUCCGAAGUGUCGCGAUAUGCUGGAAUUGGAGAGAACUUGGAUUGCAAAGAUGUCCAUGGCGAGCUCUUCAUCUUCUUAGCCUUGGAACGCUGUCCUGAAGCCGUCCUGGCCGAUGUGGUGCAGAGCCUCGGGAGUUCCCCCAGCCUCUUUGCGCGGAAUGGUUCAGGCUUCACUCCUUUGCUGGCAGCAGCCAGCCGCGGGUUGCUCCUCACCAGAACAUUGCUGAGCCGUGGCGCAAACCGCUCGGUAGUGGACCAGCAGGGCCGUUCGCUGUUGCACCAUGCAGCCAGUUGGCCAUUGUUGUCACUAGUGACCUUGGACUUGCCAGUGACGCUGGUGCUCCGUCAGCUUCUCUGGGCCGAUGCCGUGGGCGACCUGCCGUUGCACCGGGCCCUGCGCGGAGGGCGCUACGGGGAGAUCUCAGCGUUGCUGACACGGUGGCGAAAAGCGCCAACGCGGCAGGGGAAGGAUGAUUCAUCUGACGCCUGGCGGAAUGCUGACUUAGCUUUGCUAGAGGAGCUGAUUCUCCUUCAGGUGGACGUGUUGGCGUUGGACGGUCAUGGAGCUUGGCCCUGGCACACGGUAGCCGGGCUGGUGGGGUCAGCCACUGGUACUCUGCAAAGAUUGGCGGGGCUGUCGCAGGUACCGCUGGAGUCUCAAGAUGCCCGUGGUCGCACUGCGAUGCACUACGCGGCAGCCAGUGGGGACAGGGAGAACGUUCAGUGGUUGAUUAGCCAAGGAGCCAAUCUUCGAGUCAAAGAUCAGCAGAAGUUGAUGCCCCUGCAGUUGGCACUUGCGAAUGGUCACCUGCAUUUGUUGGACCUUUUCGAGCGCAACAAUGGCUUCGCUUUAGAAGCUGCUGCAGGCUUCGGCAACGUUACAAUCGUGCAGCAGAUGAUUCUGGAGCAGGGCUAUUCGCCCUAUGUCAUGGAUGAGAGGGGUCGGACGCCCAUCUUUGAGAGCGUGGAGAAAGGACAAGUGAAGGUGGCAGAGUUUAUGGCAUCGCUCAACGUAUCCCUGACGCGCCUGGACCAGCAGGGCAUCAGCGUUUUGGGCGCUGCUGCGCUGGCGGAACAGCCGGCCGCGGUGCAGUUUUUGUUGCAAUCCGUGUCUGUGAUGCAGAGGAUGGCCAAUAGCUCGACCGCCUUGCACCUAGCAGCGCGGAAGCAGCAGGCCCUCACUGUGGAGAUCCUAUUGAGGGCGGGGGCAGAAGCUGAUGCUGUGGACUAUCGCAACCGCAGCGCGUUGCAUUUUAGUGCCAAUGCUGCAGUGGUUGAGGCCUUGUUGACAGGCAACGCCACGGCGGAGUGGCGAGACGUCCUGGGCGUGAUGCCCCUACACCUGGCAGCUGCCGAGGGCCGAGUGAGCGCUGUGGAAGGGCUGCUGGCGUCCAGGAAAACCCAGGUGGACGCUCUUGAUGGCGGUGGCAGAACGGCCUUGCACUGGGCCGUGGUGGGUGGUCACAUCGAAACCGUGCGGACUCUGCUCAGAUGGUGUGGCACUUCACGACCCAGCAAUAGUGGAGAGAUGCCAUCGCAAUUGGCGCCACCUGGUGAGCUACGAGACUUGCUCGUCAUUGGCACAGAUGACCAGUGUCAAUGCGACUGCGGGAAAUUUCCGUUCGAUGCCCUGCUCAGCGCCGGUAGCUGGCAGCAGUGCUCCACUACCGUGAGGUGUCGCUACGGUGGAGCAUCCGACCAAGCCUUGCGCUGUGCGCGCAACGAGUCGGUGCCUCUAAGUUCCCCCUCAACUGGUCGAUGGCAUCCAGCCGAGCUGGAGAUCAACUGCAAGGCGGUGAGCGUAGCCUGGAGAAGAUCGGUUGGAUGCUUGUUGCUGGCUGCCCUGAGCAUACGGAUCGUCCUCUGA